AUGCCGAAGAAAGAGGCGGAGGCUAACCGCGGUCCGCCAAAGGCCGGGCGUGGGAAGCGCCAGGUUGCUGCUGACGACGAUGCCGCUGGCCCUUCCAACGAGGCUACCGCUGCCAAGCGGUCACGCGGUCGACCGCCGAAGGUUGUGUCAGUGGAGCCGCUAGCGCCGAAGCCCAUCGCAACCACGGCGGCUCGGAAGUCGCGGAAGGCAGUGCAGGCGACGCAGCCCGAGAGCGAGAACCCUUCCGCCGGCAAGGCAGUCGCAACAAGAGCCCCAAGAGUGAGGCGUGCGAAACGCUCGAGAAGCUCCUCUGCAAGCAGCAACAACGACACGGCAAGCGAGGCUCCAAAGCGUCGAAGCACCAAGAGGAAGGCUGUUUGA